AUGGAAAAUCAAUCCAGGAUCUCUGAGUUUUUCCUCCGAGGAAUAUCCGAGUUUCCAGGCCAACAGCAGUUACUCUUUGGAAUUUUCCUGUGUAUGUAUCUCAUCACUGUGGCUGGAAAUGUGCUCAUCAUCUUGGCCAUUGGCUCUGAUCCACACCUACACACCCCCAUGUACUUCUUUUUAGCCAACCUGUCCUUUGUUGAUAUGGGUUUAAUAUCUUCUACGGUUACCAAGAUGCUGGUGAAUGUACAGACCAAGCACCACACCAUCUCCUACACGGGUUGCCUCACACAAAUGUAUUUCUUUCUGAUGUUUGGUGAUCUGGACAGCUUCUUCCUGGCUGUCAUGGCAUAUGACCGCUAUGUGGCUAUUUGCCAUCCCCUCCACUACUCUGCAAUCAUGAGCCCUCGAGUCUGCAUCCUGCUGCUUGCCUUGUGCUGGGUCCUUACCAACGUAGUUGCCCUGACGCACACCCUCCUCAUGGCUCAGCUGUCCUUCUGUGUGGCUGGGGAGAUAGCUCACUUCUUCUGUGACCUAACUCCUGUCCUGAAACUGUCAUGUUCUGACGCCCACGUCAAUGAGUGGACAGUUAUUGCCUUAGGAGGCACAGUCCUCAUAGUUCCCUUUGUUUGCAUUGCCAUCUCUUACAUCCGCAUUGUAUCUGCCAUCCUGAGGGUCCGAGCCCCUGGUGGGGGAAACAAGGCCUUUUCCACCUGCAGCUCCCAUCUCUGUGUUGUCUGUGUUUUCUAUGGGACUCUCUUCAGUGUCUACCUGUGCUCUCCCUCUGUUUCCUCAGAAGAGAAGGACAUUGCAGCCGCGCUGCCAUGUACACGGUGGUGA